AUGAAGCAAGCUAUACCAACCGUCUUUACAGAAGCACAUCACUGUUUGUGCAUGUGGCACAUCAUGAAGAAAUUUAACCAAAAGUUGGCAAAAUGCAUUUCGAAGAUGGAUGAUUUCAAGAGGAAGAUCAAUGCACUGAUUUGGAGUAUAGAUAUAGAUCCAGCAACAUUUGAAGUCGGUUGGAAAGAUGUUAUGAAAGAAUAUAAGCUUGAAAGUAAUGAAUGGUUGUGUGAACUGUAUAACAUUCGGGAGUCAUGGAUUCCAGCCUAUUAUGCUGAUGAUCCAAUGGCCGGUUUAUUGCGGACUACAUCAAUAUCAGAGAGUGAGAACAGUUUCUUUGACAAAUUCAACCGUAGAUCUGACACAUUAACGGAAUUUUAUCUCCGAUACGAGAGUGCUAUGGAGAAGCAAAGGCAUACAAACGCAAGAUUAAACUAUGAAGGAACGAAGUCGAUGCCAAGAAUGGACACUCCAUUGUUAUUGGAGAGGGAUGCAGCAGAGUUGUACACUCGAACAAUGUUUUAUGAGGUACAGAGUGAGAUAAUAUCAUCCUAUUAUGAUAUGAGUAUCAACAGUAUAUCAGAAGAAGAUGGCGUGAAGAUUUUUUCCAUAAAGGACAAAAAGAGACAUGGAAAAAUAUUUGAGGUGAAACACUCUUAUUUGAACAAUGACGUGCAAUGUACGUGUAGGCUGUUUGAGAAAAUGGGUAUAGUAUGUAGACAUGGUUUUUUUGCACUGAACCAAGCUGAUGUAACAAAAAUACCAAGACAUCUUAUUGUGAACCGAUGGACAAAAGGUUCUGAGAUGAGGCAUUCAUUACAGUUCAAGGAAAUAUCAGAACAGUGCAAUGCAAUUGAAGUUACAAAUCGUCUAGAUGGUGAGAGACUUGACUACUUGGAAGGGAAGUUGAAGGAGUUGAAGCACAGUU